AUGGCAUCGGUCCUUGGAAACAAUAGCCGCUCUUCGGGAACUCUUAGCAACCCGCUGAAAUGCAAGUUCAAAAGAAGGAGGAGGAGGAGAUCAAAGAAAACAGGUAGAGUCAGUGUGCUGUCUGCGUUCAACAGCCCUUUCCGCUGCUUCAGUCCUGGGGAGGACGAGGACAGUUUGAGUACCAGCAGCGCCGAGGUCAAGGAGAACCGCGAUUUCGGGAACAUAGGCGACCGCGCCGGCGUCCCCAGGCACUGGCGCUGGGACGCGGCCGGGGGCGGGACUUCCUGUGCGAAGAGGAAGCGGGCGGCGGGGGCGGCGGCGGCGGAGGGGCACAGGAAGCGGGCGGCGGCGGACAGGAAGCGCUGGUGGUGGCGGGCGACGGCGCGCAGCGCGGUGGAGCAGCUGAACGAGCUGCGCCCGGGCCUGCGCUUCGACGUGGUGUCCCAGACCGGCCCCGUGCACGCCCCCGUCUUCAGCGUGCGCGUGGAGGUCGACGGCCUCGUCCACCUCGGCGACGGCCCCACCAAGAAGAAGGCCAAGAUGGCCGCCGCGGAGCGCGCCCUGCGGUCCUUCGUCCAGUUGCCCAACGCCUCGGAGGCGCACCUGGCGCUGGGGCCGGGGGAGCUGCCCCUGCUCGACUUCACGUCCGACCGGGAGGGCUUCCCCGAGACCCUGUUCAAGGGGUUCGAGCCGCUGUUGCUCGGCGACGGCCCUCCCCCCCUCCCACGCCUGAGGCCCCCCGCCGAAGGGCCGCCCCCCUCGCCUGCCCUCUGUUGCCGCGGGCGACCGGCCUGCCACGCCCUGGACCUGAGGCGAGGCCUGAAGCCGGGCGGGCGCAGAACGGCGCCCCCUGCUGGGCGGGGGCAGGACAAGACGCCCGUGGGGCUGCUGAACGAGCUCCGGCCUGGCCUGAGGUACGCCUGCCUGGCGGCGGGGGGGCGGGGCCGGGGGGGGCCGAGCUUCGUCAUGGCGAUACGGGUGGACGGGCGGAUCUUCGAGGGCGCGGGGCGCAGUAAGAAGCUGGCGAAGAGCCAGGCGGCGCAGUCAGCCCUCAGGAUGCUGUUCAGCCCCCGGCUGCCCCCCCCGGAGAGGACACCCUGCCCCCCACCCAGCCGGAGGAAAGGCCUGCUCUUACCACAGGACCUGGCCGACUCGAUGUUCCGCCUGGUUAUGGAGAAGUACCAGGACCUGGCGGGGAGCUGCCCUCCCCUGUGUGCCCGUCAGAAGGUCCUGGCUGGAGUGGUGAUGACCAGAGGAUUGGACAUCAGACAGGCUCAAGUUGUGGCCCUGUCGACUGGAACCAAGUGCAUCAGCGGUGAAUACAUGAGUGACCGGGGCCUGGUGGUCAACGACAGCCACGCAGAGAUCACCGCCAGACGAGCCACCGUCCGCUUCUUCUACUCGCAGCUGGAGCUGCUGCUGAGCAGAGAGGAAGAGCAGCGUCAGCGGUCGAUCUUCGUGCGGCAGAAGGAGGCGGGGUACCGGCUGAGGGACGGCGUCCUGUUCCACAUGUACAUCAGCACCUCGCCCUGCGGAGACGCGCGGCUCAACUGUCCGUACGAAGUGCCCGCCGACCGGUGCAGGGCUCAGCGCUGGGCGCGGCGGAUCCACAGCCGCCUGCGGACCAAGAUCGAGUCGGGGGAGGGGACGCUCCCCGUGCGCGCCCGCGGCCCCGCCCAGGCCUGGGACGCCGUCCUGCAGGGGGAGCAGCUCGUCACCAUGUCCUGCACCGACAAAAUUGCGCGGUGGAAUGUUCUGGGGGUGCAGGGUUCUCUCCUCUCUCACUUCCUGGAGCCGGUGUACCUGUCCAGCCUCACCGUGGGGAGCCUGCGUCACACAGGUCACCUGUCCAGGAUGGUGUCCCAUCGGCUGGAGCGCGUCGGCCCCCUGCCCCCGCCCUACCGGCACAACCAGCCCCUCCUCGGCUGCCUCGGGAGCAGCGAUGGCCGGUGGGUGGGCAAAUCGCCCUGUUUCAGUGUCAACUGGACGGCCGGCGACGCCCAGCUGGAGGUGAUCAACGCCUCCACGGGCAGGAGGCGCGACUCAGGGGCGUCGUCACGCCUCUGCAAACACGCCCUCUUCGCCCGCUGGGCCAGGCUCCACAGCAAGCUCGGCUCAAACUUCCCGGGCGUGGCUGAGACUGGGCUGAUGUACUGUGAGGCCAAGCGGGCUGCAGCAACCUACCAAAGUGCCAAGCGGCGAUUGGUCAAAUCGCUGCAGGAGGCGGGGCUUGGGACUUGGAUCAGGAAGCCACCGGAGCAGGAGCAAUUCUUGCUGUGCGUGUGA